UUUGUCGGUCAGAGAGCGUCAUGACGUCGAAAGGACGUAAACUGACGUUUUUCACGUCAGUGUCCCACUGGAUGUUUAUUGUUUGAGGCUGGCCUGCAGUCAACAGCAGGAUGUUGCAUCUUCGCUGUAAGACCAAAAAUGGCAGCCACAUCAUGCAGGGCUUGACUCAUCAGUCCUGUGUGCAAGAGCUGAAGAGGAAGGUGGAGGAGCUGACUGGAAUCCCCUGUGAUGUGCAGAAGAUUAUGGUUGGUUAUCCACCCUCCAGCCUUGACCUUCAAAAUGGAGACGCUCACCUCAAGGACUACCCCAUCAAAUCAGGAGACACCCUCAUCGUCGAGGAAGAAAAGAACAAGCCGAAGCCUCCUCCGGAUCACCCCGCCGUGACCAAAGCGCCGCGCCCGGAAGCCUCGCCCGCGCUGACCCGCCGAGUGGUGCCGGCGGACAACUCCUGCCUCUUCACCAGCGUGAACUACGUGGUGGAGGGCGGCGUGUACGACCUCGCCUGCGCCCCCGAGAUGCGAGGCCUCAUCGCCCAGAUCGUGUCGAGCGACCCGGCGGCGUACUCCGAAGCGGUGCUGGGCAAGACCAACGAGGAGUACUGCGCCUGGAUCCGACGCGACGACACCUGGGGGGGCGCCAUCGAGGUGUCCAUCCUGUCCAAGUUCUACCAGUGCGAGAUCUGCGUGGUGGACACCCAGACGGUGCGCGUGGACCGCUUCGGCGAGGACGCCGGCUACCGCAAGCGCGUGCUGCUCAUCUACGACGGCAUCCACUACGACCCGCUGCAGAAGGAGACGCCCGGCGCCGACGCCGCGCCGCCCCUGACGAUCUUCUCCACCGCGGACGACGUGAUCCUGGCGCUGGCCCUGGAGCUGGCGGACGAGGCUCGCCGCAAGCGCCAGUUCACGGACGUCAACCGCUUCGCGCUGCGCUGCAUGGUGUGCGAGACGGGCCUGGUGGGACAGAAGGAGGCCCGGGAGCACGCCAAGGAGACGGGCCAUACCAACUUUGGGGAAGUGUGAACACCGUUUCUUUUGGUUUUUUUUGUCUUUUCUGCCGCCUCACAAAUACAACCGCAACCCCGACGUCCGCGUCGCUCUGCGUGAUCCUCUACCUCGCGACAUCCACGGAGAAUCGGCAGAACGCCGAGUUCAGCCUCUCGCCGGUUUCGUAUUUCUUUUUAACCGCGGUCCGUUCUCACGGUCAGAGACGCGACUGCGGCGCUCCGAUGUCGUCGAACCAUAUUUUCAGUCUGCUCGGAUGGUGGGAGUAAAAUAUGCAAAGCGUUCUGAGGAUAUGUUUUAAUCUCUUUGGGCGACGGCUCGGCCGUGUUGACGACGAACCAAACGGCAGCUCGCAUGUUGCCAAUACUUACCUGUGACUGACUACACUCAUAUUGUAUAACAACCUGUCAAAUCUGGCUCUAGAAAGAGUUUAAAACAACCUUUGAGAAUUAUUUGCACUUCGAUGUGACGCUCUUCACUGUUGUCUUAAGCACCGCACACAAAGAAUGACUCGUCAUCAUUUUGGUUACGUAGCACGGUUGUUGUUGUUUUUCUUGACUUGUGUCAAACUCCUCCAAUAUAUAUAUAUAUAUUAAAAAAAGAUAAUUUGGUUAAUUGUAGCUGUAUGAAUUGUUCAGCCGGGUUCAUGCUGAACUACGUGUGAUCGACUCCAUCUUGAAGUACAAUAUCAUUUAGCAAUCUGUGACCAUAACUUUGCCUGAUUACUUCUGUCUUUGCCCUCCCCCUUUUUUCUUUUUUGAGAUGUUUUGAAUUUAUUUGAGAUUAGACCAAAAAAAAAAAUGGUGCUGAAACAUUUUACAAGUUCCGUAGCUCCGUUAUUCUUCACGGCUACGACAGUAUAAUUUUAACUCUGGUGUCAUUUUCAACUCAUCGUGCUGUUAUCUUUAAAAAAAGACAACAUUAUCGUCUUGUUUUUACGCUGCUGCGUCUUGUUUUUAAUCACUAAAGAGCGGUGAGGUGUUGCAGAGCGAGUGUGAGACGUGCUACGAGAUAAAUCCUGCUCACCUACUACCUUCACUGUUCCGGUACAUCAUGUACUUAUCGGCGUGAACCAUUUUGUCUUUUGCAUUUUAAAUGUUCACCUUUUUUUAAAUUAUAUAUUUGCAGCCCAAAAGUAUUUCUAGCCGGGAUGUUUUGAAAACCACGAGUCGAAGACCAUUUGGUUUAUCAUGGAGUGCAUGUUGUCCAAAAACACAAAUGCCAUUUUUGUUCCAGUGUAUUUUGCACAUAUCAUCUUCAUCUUCAUCUUCAUGUCCUUUGAAACUCUCUGCCUGUAAGGAUGAAGCAUUCAUUUACUUAAGUUCAACCACAGGUCAAAGAUGUUAGUUUUUGGGGCUUAGCCCUCUUCAUGACGGCCUCCUGUGGUGCACUGCCAGUAUUUCUACUUCACAUCUCUGUGACGGCAAUAUUGGGAACUAGCGUGUGCCAAAUAAUUGAAGUUUAACAGUGGAGGGACUUGAUUUGGGGUUCACGCCGAGAUGGUGCUGGAUAUUAACACACAAUUAAUUACGGUGUAUUAUUUCCUCUGAUGCCUUUCGGUCGCGUUAUUUCAUUUUAAGAGGGAUUCUGAAUUUGUAAACUGACACACAAAAGUGAAACUAGGAAAUGGCUUUGUUGUUUUUUUGUAUUUACCAAGUUCUCAAGACUCUUCAAGGACAAUAAUGAUGAAUGUUGCACACAAAGCACUGCAGAAUAACUGGAUUUACUUGAUUCUUUUUCAGUGUUGUCACAAUUAAAAGCUAUAGCCGACG